UCUAUCUUUCUCUCUUCUUUGUUUAUCCUUCUUCUUGCUCCAUCUCAAACCUAAGGCCUUCUUCUUCCUCUAUCUCAAACCCUAAGAAAAGAGAUAAGAAGCGAAAGAUGAUUGUAGUCCCAAGUAGAGCAUCAUAUUCAUGGCAGAACACUGACGAGGUGGAAUUUGAUUGGUCAGAUAUGUUGCACGGUGUUAACAACAAAAACUUGCAUCAGUUACCUAAAUUUCAGGUUUUUCCGUCUCAGCAUCCAGCCGCAGCAGUAGCAUCACAAGGACAUGCACGCCCUGUCACACCACAAUUUUUUCCAUCUCAGGAUACGGCGGCAGCAGCAGUUCGUUACGGUGCUUCUAUAAGUAACCCCCUGCACCCUGUUAUGCGACUCCUUUUGCCAGGCCAAAGUUUAAAUUUUCCUCCAGCCUGUGGCUCACAUGCUCCGAUGCUACCUCGUCCGAAUCCUCCUUUUGUGUCAAGCCAUGCUCCAAUACUACCUCGUCCGAAUCCUUCUUUUGUGUCAAGCCAACAUCCACCUGCUGUUGGAUAUUCUGAUUUGAUCAAUUCACUCAUGGCCCAAGGUGUAAUAUCAUUAGCGAAUCAAGCUCCUACACAGGAUUUUGUUGGCAUUGGCAUUGAGUUUGAUCCGGAUAUUCUGAAGGUUCGUCAUGAAUCUGUAGUCAGUGCCUUAUAUGGUAAGCUUCCUAGACAGUGCAAAACUUGUGGCCUAAGAUUCAAAUCACAAGAUGAGCAUAGCAGUCACAUGGAUUGGCAUGUGACUAAGAACCGUAACCGUAUUAGUAUGUCUAAAAACCAUAAGCUGAAACCCUCUCGCAAGUGGUUUGUCAGUGAGACGAUGUGGCUCAGCGGUGCAGAGGCAUUGGGAACUGAAUCAGCUCCAGCUCCAGGUUUUUUGCCAACUGAGGAAAAGAAAGAAAACAAAGAGUUGGCAGUUCCUGCUGAAGAGGACCAGAAAACAUGCUCUCUAUGUGGAGAACAUUUCGAUCAGUUUUACAGUGAUGAGACAGAGGAUUGGAUGUACAGAGGAGCUGUUUACCUUAAUGCGCCCAAUGGAAUAAUAACAACCGGCACGGACAGGUCACAGUUAGGCCCCAUUAUUCAUGCUAAAUGCAGAUCUGAAUCUACUACAUCCCCAUCUCAAGAUUUUGUGAUGGAUGGAGAAGGCAAUCAAGGAAAACGUAUACAGCAAGGCACAUAUGAUGAAGGCAAUCAAAGAAAACGAAUGCGAACCAAUUUUUCGCAAAUUCAUCCUUUUUAG